AUGGCUAUUGACGAAGAUCAGGUCGCCUGGCAGAAGAACUUCAGAUGGCGUACACACAGAGUUGACGGGGAAGACGAUCACCGUCUCGAUUUCUUUAUUCUAAUCAACGACAAGAGCUUCGUUGUUACAGUAUGUGCAUCUCUUGACUCGAAUGACUCAGUAACCCAGUUGGUAUCUCGGUACAACCAAGCUUUUAAUGAGAAUGGCGAAGAGGAGAUCCAGAAAGCCCAAGGAGAAAUCGAGGACAUAAUCUACGACGCCGGUUGGCGCAAAUUUGUUCGCUUAGCGCCCGCAACUGAGAAAAAUAACUCUGCGUCAGUAUUGCUUCAUUCUGUUCUUAACCCAGAAACAUUUUAUUUUCGGUUGGCCACGGACGGAGAAAAUACAGAUCUCACUCAAGAACACCCUAUGAAAUCUGCGUACGGGCCUGCCUAUUUCCAUCUCAACAUCUCGUCCAAUCUGCCCAGAUAUGCAGCACAGGAGAUCCAAUUCAAGAAGAAGUUCAUGGGCCUCGGGUUCAAUGCGCGUGUUCUUGUUAAUGGCCAGGAGAUGUGUUGCAAGAUAGCAAAGCCUGGUCAGGCCAAGGCGGUCCAGCGUGAAUACGAGUGUUUGAAGAAAAUUGCAGACUGUGAACACGCGGGUAUUAUCAGCGCACCGGCGCUGCUUGGUCUCGUUGUAGAUGGUGGAGACGAUAAGGUUAUUGGGAUUUUGGAGGAGUAUAUUCCGCAUACAACGAGUGUAGGUAGAUGCGAAGGGGGCAUCGAGGCUGUUACUAGUGAGCGAAAGGCAAAGUGGGGGAAGCAGAUCAAGCGGAGUGUCGAGUUGUUGCAUGAGAUUGAAAUUGUAUGGGGUGAUGGGAAGCCGGAAAAUGUUCUUGUCAAUCAUGAGACGGAUGAUUGCUGCUUGGUUGAUUUUGGGGGAAGUUGGACGGAGGGGUGGGUAGAUGCUGAGUUGAGUGAUACAAAGGAGGGGGAUGGGCAGGCUUUGAAGAGGAUUCUUGAAUUUCUAGCUGCAUGA